AUUGAUUUUUUGUUUAUACUCUCUCUAACAUGAUCUCAAUUGCAAGAACCCUAAGAUCAUUCUUUAAAUUCUUUAAUUCUAUCAUGGGAAUGGUAGGCAUGUCAAUGAUCAUUUAUGGUUUAUGGAUAAUCAAAAUUUGGCUAGAAGAAAGAGAAGAUGUACCACCUACUUUUGAAUUUGUAUCUGAGACAUGGUUUGCUUAUACUUUAAUUUGCACUGGUGUUUUCAUGUGUGUGGUAACAUGUCUAGGACAUAUGGCAGCAGAUAGCAUGAAUGGUUAUUGUCUCUCAUGUUAUAUGGUGAGCAUGAUCAUAAUUCUUCUGCUGGAGGGUGCAGUAACAGCGGACAUUCUCCUCAAUUCUGAUUGGGAGAAGGACUUGCCUGAGGACCCAACUGGAAAAUUCAGCGACUUCACGGAUUUUGUGGAGUCAAAUUUUGAUGUUUGCAAAUGGAUAAUGCUAGUGAUCAUCUCAGCACAGGGAUUAUCAACCAUAAUUGCAUUGGUUCUAAAAGCUCAUGGUCCUGAUUCUAACUAUGACAGUGAUUAUGAUUACUAUACUCGGUCAAGGCUUUCCCUCCUUAACCAUAAUGCUCAGCCACCACUUUUUGUUCCUGAUUACUCUCUAAAUAACAACGCAUGCUGGGAUGAAGGCAAAUAUAUAAAGAAUACAGUUGCAACUUUUCCAAGAGUGUGAAGUGGAGAUAUAGAGAUAUUAGUAUAACUAUAUAAUAAUGUUGAAGCAAACUCAGAAACUUGACGAGGCUGUGGAGCAGAGCUAUGGGAUUUUAUAGCAUUUCAUGCCUGUUUACGCGAGUUAAAAGUUAUAAGUGUACCUUUUAUUAAUAUACAAACCGGGUAACAGACGUCUUGGCAAAGGAGGGACUUGCAACAAUGGAGUCCAAUUCUUAGAUCUGUAUCCUGUUUCUGUAAGGCUAAUUUUAGCCGAUGAAGUUAGAGGGGAUACCUUACCUGGAACCACAAAUGUAAUGUAAUUUCUCUUACAGUUGGAAUUAAGAGAGAAUUGGAUGGUUAAAA